UUCUUGUACGCCACCUCGAUGAUUAUGAGACCGAUACCGCCGAUUAUCCCGACUCCCACCACUAUGAACACACCGGCCAUGUUCUUCAGGCCCAAGUCUAGGAUGGCCAGGGUCACGGCGUCCGCCCACAAAGACCCUUUCUGCAAGCCAAUGCCAUAACCAGACCGACCAAACAGUUCACCGGCUGUUACCAAUUCGCAGUCCUGCGCUGCUUCGAAUUCCAGCCGUGAACUGUCCCAAAUGAAGGCCAUGAGUUUCCUGCGAGUGAAUCGUUAUCAAAGCAACUGGAUCUCCAAUCGCGAGCCUCUAACACCUCCACCUGCCUACGGAAGUACAUGUCCACCGCUGAUCCCUUCACCGUGGCGCACGUGAGGUUCUCCAUGGUGUUCCUGAGCUACGAGCCAAUGCAUUAAGCCCUGUCAGUCGCGCAACAAUGCUGCUACCUUGACUAAAAUCAAUACUAACGGCGGAAAUGCACCAAGAACGCAGCCAAGUUUGCGGUGUAAGAGGCCACAAUAAUCAUCGCGAAUCCUGCCCAAACCAUGCCCAACACACGGGCGGAGAAGCUUCGCGGAGUACCUGUAAACGAAGGUGAACCGUACUGAAAUAGCUUCUUCCCGGUCUCCCAAAUGGCGCCAGAGUCCCCGCAAUCCUGAGGCGCCGCUGUGAUCUCUUCAGAGUCGUUCAUCGCCUUCAACGCGGACAUGAGGACCAUCCUGAAACACACGUCCAACUGAACAACAGGGGAUCCACAUCGUCCGUUAACAACGAUUUCACGUUCGUUUCCGUUCCGCGGUCGGGGCGAUCGAUUCAACAGGAAUUGCGUUUCAGGAAUUCUCCGAUAAUGGUACCGGACAAACUGGCCCCACGUGGUGGCGACUGGCCGCGAGAUGCCAACGCGUCGGCGGACGGCUGCUUAUCGAUCCCGUAAGUUUCCACUCGGUGGCGACCUCAUCUGCGUGCGCAGCCGUUUCAUCUCGGUUAUUUACCAAGCACCCUUAGACCUAGUCAGGAGAAUCCUGGAGAACGUGUAAAUGGUGAGAGGGACGUAGUCGAAAGGACAGGUAACCGUGAACAAGAAAGACCAGAAAGGGGAGGACCGCGAAGAGGGUGCAAGUCCACGGAGGCAACGGAAGCUGUCCAAAUAGAUACCGAACCGUGGUGCUGUCGCGUAACCAGCCGACGUGGAGACGAGAGGACGUGCCCCGGGGGUGUUACGUGGCGGAGAGGACGAACCAACAGACGUUUGACUAUCCUCGUCGGGGGCGUAACGGGACCGGAGGGUGACCAGCACCAGGUGAGCGGACAAUUUGCCGUGUGAAGAACAAACCGAGAGCGGAAAAGCAACGGUAACUCCAAUGUAUUACGGUCCCCCUCGUGCGAACGAAGCCGUUGAAAUAUGUCGCUACCACGAGAAUGGAGCCUGCAGGAUUCGGUCGAACGUGACACUGUCGCCUGUGCGACAGCGUCGCAGGAGAUGGUCGGGGCUACCAUCAUCGACGAGAACAUGAAUCAACAGAAUCAGCUGGGCUCGCUGUUGUCGAUCCACUCGGCGCCCAUAUUCGACCUGAGCAGCGGCGUGCCGUCGCCGAAGAGGCCAGCCUCGUUGGCCGUGCAGGCGACGGCCACGUCCACGCCGAUCGUGCCGCCCCAUCUUCAGAGCCCGGAGACCAUCGAGGACGAGGACAACGACAACCUCCUCACGAUAUCGAGCCUCACCGCCAGGCCGUUGAUCGCCAAGUCGAGGGAGCUCAGAUCGACCAAGUGCACCACCGCGAAAAAGAAAAAACCGAGAAGAUGCGAGACCAAGAAACCUAGGAACAUCACCUACGUGCCGUUGGACGGCGGUUACGGAUGGGUGAUCGUAUUCGGGGCGUUUUUCGUUCAGUUCUGGGUGGCGGGGCUGGUGAAGUCCUACGGGGUGUUGUACGUCGAGGUAAUGGAAACGUUCAAGGACGCGACGGCGUCGGUCGCUUCCUGGAUACCAGCUAUUCUGUCCUGUCUCUGCCUCGCCCUGGCGCCUGUGACGAGCAUGCUGUGCCAGAAAUACAGCUGCAGGACGGUCGUGUUCAUCGGGGGACUGUUCUGUGCUUUAGGACUAACGAUAAGCUACUUUGCCACGAGCUUGGUACAUCUCUUUUUUACAUUUGGAGUGUUGACAGGUAUCGGCGGCGGUUUGUCCACGACGCCUGGCAUCAUCAUCGUCUCCCAGUAUUUCGAUAAGCAUCGCGCCCUGGCGAACGGUAUAUGCGUGUCGGGCACAGCGGCGGGCAGCUUCGUGUUUCCGCUUCUGAUCGAGGUACUGGUGGAGAAGUUCGGUUUCCACGGGACGAUCCUACUGCUGGGCGGUUGCAUGCUUCACGUGUGCGUCAGCGCCACCCUUUACCGGCCGUUGGAGAACAACUACGCGCCCGAGAACGUGGUCGUGGCGUCUGCGAGAAACGAAAAGGUCGAGAUCGCGACGACGAAGGAGUCAGCGACGGCGAAGCAGCAGAAGCUGGACUUAUUGUUCGCCAACGACACGACCACAAAGCAUAAUCUGUUGAACGAAUUAUUCCACCAGAACGGCGUGGUGGCUGUCGAGAUGACCGACAGCGACGAGGAGAAGGACGUGAUAGGGGAGUGUCUGAGGAUGAAACCGAUCUCGAAGAUACGUAGCUCCAGUUUGUUGCACAGCGUCGAGGACUUGUCGACGGACUCCACGUGCGUGUACAAAGCCAGGUCGUCGUUGAGGUCGUUGAGGUCGUCGGUGACGGCGGUGUGCCCGGCACCGCAGGCGCCCGAGCCGCAACCGAAGGUCCCGAAGACCAUCGUCCAGAGAAUAAUGCAGUACAUCGAUCUUUCUCUGUUGAAGAAUCCACAGUUCAUCAUGAUGUGUUUCUCGGUCAGUCUCAUGUCGACCGGGAGCCCGUAUAUGCUCUAUUAUCUGCCGGCGUACGUCCACGCGGCCGGUUACACGAAAUCGGAAGCGGGAUACUUGGUCGCCAUUUCCGCCGCGCUCGACUUGUGCGGAAGACUGGGACUCGGAUGGCUCUCGGACCUGCAGCUGUUCGAUCGACGGAAAGGAUACAUUGGAAGUGUCGUUGGCGCUGGCGUAGCAGUAUUGGCGAUCCCAAUGGCCCACUCUUUCUACGUACUAGCAUGUUCCGUUGGCAUGUACGGAUUAUGCUUGGGCUGUUGGUUUCUUUUAGUUCCCGUCCUUCUCGCUGACCAAUACGGAACUGACAAAAUAUCCUCCACCUAUGGUCUCGUUAGGAUGUUCCAAAGUGUCGGAGCUAUUUCUAUCCCGCCUUUAGCAGGAUACCUACGCGAUGUAACUGGAAGUUACACCGUAUGUUUUCUCUGCAUGGGAACGUGCAUGGUGAUGGGAGGUCUACCUCUGCUCCUGGUUUUUAACGAAGUAUCGAAAUCAUCGAAGAUUACCGUUAAUGCCGAGAACGGUAAUACGCAAGGAGAGGCGACUGUGAAAGAAUAAAGAUAUUUUGCGAAUGUGAUUAACGAAACGAACGAAUGUGUAAUAGAAAACUAAUAAAUCGCAACAUUUGU